AUGAGGCCUAUAUCAGCGUUACUUGUUAGUAAUAUGUGGAUCUAGACAUAUCGUGGCCUACCUCAAAUCUGGUACCAAACACCGCUAUACUUUGUCUUGGAGCAUCGCAGCUUCUACAUUGAGAAGCAUUGGAGAUAUUACUCCUAGCUGACAUACAUGGUCUGUCUUCUUAUCUUCAACCGGCCUGUCAAGACGUACCUGUGGACGAGAUUUCCGUCCGACACCUGGUUUGCCGCCGACGAUGGCUGGAUAAUCUCAUUCGGCCUUGCCAUUCAAAUACCCUUCAGCCUAUCAUUCCUCCUUGCAUGGUUAUCUUACUUUCCCACUCGCACCGAGUGGCUUAUGUGGCAAAUCUGCAGCAUUUAUCACGCCGCCUUCUCGAUUCUCGGCGCUUCUUACUACUUGUUUUGCGCAACCUGUAUGAGAGCGACCAACAGAAGACGGAGACAACAGCCGCUGCUGCCUGACGAAGUUCCUGGGUGGGUGCGUUCUGGAAGCCUGUCUCUGGCACCGGAUGCAAUGAAUAGGAUGAUAUCAAGAGAUAUCGAGGAGGGUCUUGCGCUGGACACUGCCGGUUCUACCCGUCAGUUUUAUUUAUAUUCUCUGCCGUCUGUAUUUUUACAUUGAGGACUUCGCCGGCCUCCGGUUGCAGCCAACUGGUGUAUAUCAGGGGGUGGACCACAUUUUACCAUAUAUAUGAUAGGCUAUUUAACAAAGUAUUUUG